GCGAAGAGUUAUAACAAUCGUACGAUGUGUAAUUUUAUCUUUGUGACUAAAUUCACUCUACCCGGAUACUUUAUUUGAAUCCCUGUGAAGUUAGCCAUACUUUCUUGAAUAAUUUAUGGACGUACGGACGUGAUAGUGGCAUAGGUAAAUAGUGUAGGUAAAGAUUAUUCGAUUUCGAGUUUGCUGCAGUCUUCAGUGAGGUGCGCUUUGACAAUGUGGGGCCUAUUCUUCUCUCUUCUGAGCUGGGUGGGGCUCAGCCCUGUCCCAUUUGUUGCUGACUUGAUUGGAACAUCAGAAGCGGCUCUCAAAUUGCUUCUAUCGAUCUUUAUGGUCUAUCCUCUGGCAACAGUAUACCAUCAAUAUAUCAAACAACAUAAAAAGUUACGGAAUAUCUACUUCAUUGUGACAGGCUUUGACAUAGCUCUAUACAAUUUUGGGAUAUCAAUGUACCAUAACCUUAUCCCCACGCUUGUUAUAUAUUUAACCACAAUGAUUUUUGGACCUGGAAAGAUAAAUGUUAUUAUAACAUUUGUGUUCAACGUAACUUAUCUUAUGGCUGGAUAUAUUUUGACUGAAUCUGAAGAUUAUGACAUUACAUGGACAAUGCCUCACUGUGUGUUAACUCUGAAGCUUAUAGCUUUGUCAUUUGACAUGUGGGACUAUCAAAGGAUGAAAGCAGGAGAGGAACUGUCUGCUACAAAUCAAAAGACAGCAAUUGAGAAUCCACCCACAUUAGUAGAGCUGCUUGGAUUUGUGUACUUUCCCUCCUGUUUCCUAGUGGGCCCUCAGUUUUCAUUCCGACGCUACAUUGACUUUGUUUAUGAUAAGUUCCCAUUGGAGCAGCAUGCUGGCCUAUAUGAAAAGGAAUCACUCAAGAGACUUCUGCAAGGCAUACUUUACUUGGUAGCAUUCCAACUAGGAGUGAGUGUAUUUAGUAUGAAGUACAUGCAAUCGGACGAGUUUUGGGAGCGGUCUAUCUUCUACCGCCACCUGUACUGCGGGCUGUGGGCGCACUUUGCCCUCUACAAGUACAUAUCCUGCUGGCUGCUCACUGAAGCGUCAUGCAUCCGGUUCGGGUUGUCGUACAACGGGUCGGCGCCGUCGCCGGGCGGCGCGCCGGCGCCGCGCUGGGACGGCUGCAGCAACAUCAAGCUGCUGCGGUUCGAGUUCGCCACCAAGUUCCAGCACUACAUCGACAGCUUCAACUGCAACACCAACCACUUCGCCUCCGAGUACAUCUACAAGCGGCUCAAAUUUCUCGGCAACAGAAACGCUAGCCAAUUUUUCACAUUACUUUUCUUAGCGCUCUGGCACGGAACCGGGUCCGGCUAUUAUAUGACUUUCUUCAACGAAUUCAUUAUUAUAUUCAUGGAGAAAGGUUUAGAAUCUAUUUUGAGCAAACACGAGUUUUAUCAUACCAUGUGGUCCAACAAUAUCGUGCAGUACAUUUUGUACGCCGUGCUGAAGCUCUACACCAUAGUGUUCAUGGGUUGGAGUUUGGUUCCUUUUGAUCUCAAAUCAUUCUCCAAGUGGUGGAACAUCUACUCGAGUCUGUAUUUUUCAGGAUUUUUCCUGUUCAUACCGUGGGCAUUCGUUUAUAAGCCACUCAUUGUUGCUGGAAUCAAGCACUUCAAGUUAAAAGUGAAGUCUCAAUGAAAUAAGGGUAGGUAGGUCUAAUAAGUGAUUCAAAAUAAGAUUGAAACUACAAGUGACAACUAUAAAUGCUGGUUGCUAUGAGUAGAUCCAAUAGUGAGCGAGUGUUUUCGUAGACUCCUAACAUGUAUAAUUCAGACAUUAAUCUUGUAAGUAGAUGAUGCGUUGACAAAUCUGUUCUAACUUUUCUAACCUGUCUGUAUCAAGUGUUUAAAAUAAUAUAACAAACAAAACACGAGGUUCCGUCAUUCGGUCAAUGAAAUAAUAUCAUAAUAUACAAAACACACCUGUAUAUUAUAUUCUAUGGUAUAUAUAUUAUUGGCAUAAUGAUUAAUAAAUAAAAAAUAUAAUAAAUCAACCAAAUUACGUCAUUAAAAUGCCUAAAAGAACAAACUAUAGGAAACAAGAUUACUUCAACAAUGUUAAUUCAAUCAACUUAGUAUCUAGUUAUAGAAAUGUGAUAAAAAAGGUCUUGUGCUUAUGCGAGUUUCCGAAGUAGAUAGGUAGAUACGUAGUUAAAUUUUAUUAUUAAAUACUUAUACAAGUGUAACUCUUAGUUUAAUCUAGUUCCCUUUCUUUACUGUCUAUAAUGGCUACCACGUACCUGCCCUGUUUCUAUCACCUCUAACUCAUUCUUAGUUUCCGAAUAAACCGGUUUUCAUAGUUAUUAUAAAUAAACAAAGUAGUAUCUGUAAAUGAAAAUGAAAAUCAAUCGAUACUUUUGAUUUUAAAAUAAAUAAUGAUCUAAACUACUAGCUUAAUACCUAUGUAUGGCUGUGAUGUAAAGCAUAAAGCACAAGGUUGAAAAUAUCCACUGUUUCAUAUUUAUAAUAGGUACCUAAUUGGUACGAUAGAGAUGUCACAAACUCUAACAUUCUGUACAACAACCGGCAUAAAAAUGUACUUGUUGGCUUUCCAUUAACUUUCGCCUUCACUACAUAUUUCAAUCAUUAAUUAAUACCAACUUACAGAUAACAGUAGAGGUGUAGAUUAUUGACGUCCUGUAAUUUGUAGUAGACCCGUUAAAUUGCCGAUAGAUAACAUACUUAUAAUUACAGCUUAUAUCGAUUUCAUAUGGCAGGCCAUAUUUGAUCUGCCAUAUGCCCCGUGCAUGAACUAUAGGGGGCAGCAUAGGAGCCGUCCGAUUUUUGGCGCGAGGCGUAAAUAUGUCGUUUAUGCUUCCGAUGUAGCCCACAAGACGGCAGAGGUCCUAAACAGAAACGCAAUAAGGGAUCAUGGUAAGGCCCCUGAUCGAUGCUGGUUCAUCAAGUAGUUGCGCGGCAAUAGGUAAUAUACCAUAAUAAACUACUUGUUACUAGGUCUAGUUUAAGGUCAAACGGGGUGAAUAGGGAUAAAAACAGGGAUUGAAACUUACCUGCUAAAUUGAUAAUUGAUUAUAAACUCCCCCAUAAAUGCAUGCAAAAUCGAUUAUUUUCCAACGCAUGAUACAGUUACCUACUGUAGGAAUUAUCAGGUAAAUCUCAUUUCCAGUUUUUACCCCUAUUCACCGCGGUCGACGGUAUUUAAUAAUUUUAACUUACUGAACAUAAUAAUACAAGUUGAGCUUCAACCACGACAUAGUCAACUCCUAUUUAUUUAAUCAUUUAUCAUUUAAUCACUGCAAUCAUGUACCUACAUUUCUCACGAGCCGACUCAGUAGUUAAUGCUUUAAGUAUGUAUGUUCUAGUAAAUUCUUAAAGCUUAAGCCUGAGAAAUUAAUCUAUAAAACAAUGUUUAAAUAAAUACACAAUUAUUUAAUUCUACAAUCAUACUGAAAAGUGAUCUAGAAUGUAGCUAGCGCUGCCUAAUGCCUGUUACCUACGAUAUCAGAUCUUUUUACUACCUAAUACUGUCUAUCAAUCUUUGCAUCGAACGAUAACACUCUAUUUUAAAUAGAUGUAAUUAAAUACAUUGUACACAUAAGUAAUACACCCAUUCAUUGUUACUAUUUAAUAGUCAAUUAAUGAUACAUAUAUUAUAGAGCCAAUCUUAGGUACUUUGUGAGUUGUGCUAAUAUUGCGUUAAUAGUGGUGGGUCUGAGGCUCUUGGGUACGGAUUACAUACAACUACAGCAGAUUCUCCACCCAUGAAAACAUCUGUCCGUAUGUAAAGGCGAGCCGUAUGCCUGGUCUGACUUUUAACCAUGUUAAAUAGUAUUGUCAAGUUAAUUAGACGAUUAUUUGAAUUGUAUCUUUGAAAAUACGAAUAAAUACGUUUACUUAAUAUGGCAUUCUUUUCUGAAAAUCAAUUGUGGUACUUUAAUAAGAGAAAUAAAUAUGUGACCAUGUAUACAUACAGUCAGUCCAUGAAAAGUCUGCAGCGGAUUUGAUAGCCCACGCAGUGCGCGUGUUAUUUUAAACGUCAAACUUCUAUGAAAUUAUGACGUAUAAAUGACACUUGCACUGCGUGGGCUAUCAAAUCCGCUGCAGACUUUUCUUGGUCCGACUCUACCGAGAUAACGAAUGGAUUUUCAUCGUUUCGGUACCAGACUUUUUAAAUAUAAUUAUGAAGGCAACACAACACAGUAGGGACUUGACACACUGCGUCCGAUAGUUGUUUGGCCGGAUACUUACGGGAUAUUCGGCCUGACCAUCGGCAGAAUAUUCGGUAUCCGGCCGGCGGAACUAUACCGUCAUUUCGGUUUUUCAGGUGCACAUUGUGCAGGUUUGACCUGUUUCCUAGUUAACGUUCGCGCGGACUCAUUUCUAGGUUCGAAAUGAGUGCGUGUGCAAGCAGUGGAAUGUUUAAAUUGUUUAAAAAUAAUAAACGAGUACGAUUAUGACCGUGACUGUUUCUUAAAUCCAAAUUGUUUACUCCGAAAUCAAGCAAUGUUACUAUCCGGUAUCCGGCCGGAUAAUAGGUCACCGUCCGGUAUCCGGCCGGAUAUUAAAAUAGUGGCCGGAUACCGGAUAGUAACCGAAUAACCGGUGCAUCUCUAGUCGCUAUAAUACGCGCAUAGGGUUGUCUCACUCAAACUUCGGAGCGACGUGCGAAUCGGACGUAGGGUGCCAUGCCCCGUAGACUGUGUUUUGCAAUGGACUAUAGGCUUGUGUCGGUCAAGAACGAAGAACUCUUAAGAAUGAAAUCCGAAAGGAACUUAAAUCUUUUUGCACGCUCUUAAUCGGUCUUUAAUAGGUCCUUUAGUUCAGUGGGAUUGGUGAGCGCUUGACACGAGUGAAACAGAAAAUAGACUGAACGAAAUGGUUCACAAUAACGCUGGCAUGAGUGCGAACGAGAUAAAAGAGUGACAGACAGUGCUAAACCUGAAAAGUAUGAAUGAAAAUCAAAUAUAUUUAUUUACUGUGUGAAGCUUUUUAAUGUUUAAUCGUCAUAUAGUAUUGUACAACUUGAAUCGUAAUUCAGUUGCUAAAGAUAUAUGUAAUGAGAAAUAAACUACUGUAAAAUCGAUUUAUAUUUCAUACUUAUUCCAGCUCUCAUGACCGAACUGAACUAAAGGAACUAUAAGACCGAACUAGUUCGUUUGACCGAGAGCGGAGCGCUCCUGUAGUGACCGAGCAGGCACAAGCCUAAUGGACUACGAUUAGUUUUGGCUGGGUAGUCCACUCCCAUAGGUAACUGUAACUUUAUUUCAACAUAGUAUAAUAGUCAUUAUUAAUAAUUAUUAUUGUUUUUAUUUCACUAGCUAGUUACGUGGUGGGAUGGGUAUUUUUUAUAGUAUUGUACGGUCGUAUGUUACAUGGCUCAAACUAUUUGUAUUUUAUUGUUUAUUAUCUGGUUGUACGAUCAAUGAAUUAUAUGUACCUAUAGA